AUGACGACUUCUUUUACAGACCUGCUUUCUUCCGAUAACUACCCCGGCAGCGGUGGAACUACUGGUAGCGCCUCCGUGAGAAGAGGUCUUGGUGAUCGGAUAGCUGAGAGGACUGGUUCUGGGGUACCCAAGUUCAAGUCUCUUCCACCACCUUCAUUUCCCUUAUCGCCACCUCCAGUUUCGCCCUCUUCCUACUUUGCUAUUCCACCUGGUUUAAGCCCUGCUGAGCUUUUGGACUCCCCUGUUCUCUUAUCUGCUUCAAACAUUUUACCAUCUCCCACAACAGGGACUUUUCCAUUUCAGGCUUUUAAUUGGAAAAGCAAUUCUAAUAGUACUCAGCAGCAGCAAGAUGUCAAGCUGGAAGACGAUUUUUCUUUCCAAACCCAAACAAACCCAAUUCCUACUGGACAUCAAGCAUGGGGCUAUCAAGAACCUGCUAAGCAAGAUGGAACUACUUUAAAAUCUGAGAUGAAUCCUACGCAGAGGUUUUCCCCUGAGAUUUCUAAUGAGUUUCAGUCAGAUAAUAAGCAGUACAAUCAAUCUUCACAGGCGAAUAAAAGGUCUGAUGAUGGCUAUAAUUGGAGGAAAUAUGGACAGAAACAAGUGAAGGGAAGCGAAAAUCCAAGAAGUUAUUACAAAUGUACACAUCCCAGUUGUCCCACAAAGAAAAAGGUGGAGAAAUCUAUAGAUGGACAGAUUACUGAAAUUGUGUAUAAAGGAACUCAUAAUCAUCCUAAACCUCAGUCCACUCGAAGAUCAUCUUCGUCGUCCUCAACAGUAACUUUGGCUUCCUCUGUAGCCAUCCAAUCUUACAAUCAAAUCAAUGAAAUCCCAGAAAAGUUAUAUGGUUCAAAUGGCACAGGACAAAUGGAUUCGGUUGCAACACCGGAGAAUUCUUCAAUUUCUGUAGGGGAUGAAGAUUUCGAGCAGAGUUCUGAUCACAAGAGUAAAUCAGGUGGAGAUCACGAGUUUGAUGAAGAUGAACCUGUGGCUAAAAGAUGGAAAAUCGAAAAUGAAAGUGAAGGGAUUUCAGCAGCAGGGACAGGGAGUAACACAGUUAGAGAACCAAGAGUUGUAGUUCAAACUAUAAGCGAUAUAGAUAUACUUGAUGAUGGGUACAGAUGGAGAAAGUAUGGCCAAAAGGUGGUGAAGGGCAAUCCAAAUCCAAGGAGUUAUUACAAGUGCACGAGUCAGGGUUGCAAUGUAAGAAAACACGUGGAGCGAGCAUCUCAAGACCUGAGGGCAGUAAUAACAACCUACGAGGGGAAGCACAACCACAACGUGCCAGCUGCUCGGGGUAGUGGAAACAACGCCCUUAACAGGCCGGUUCCACAUAACACUAACAACAAUGCAGCCAUGACGAUUAUGCCAUCGUCAAUGCCUCAUCCCUCGAAUUAUCCAAUGUCAAUUCGCAGCAGCAUUAGGCCAUCAUCAGCCGAAGCUCAAGCCCCUCAUACACUAGAGAUGUUGCAGAAUCCCGGGGGCUAUGAAUUUUCGGGAUAUGGAAAUUCAAUGAACCCUACAUUCUCUCGAGCUAAAGAAGAGGCUAGAGACGACACGUUCUUGGAGUCGUUGCUGUGCUGA